AUGGCUUUCUUCUUUAACCGCGGCCGAUCCCGCCAACCAUCCGAUGUUGUGAGAUCAAUUAAAGAUUUGUUGGCAAGACUUCGUGAGCCAUCGGCUGCUCCUAAGGUUGAAGAUGAGUUGGCCAAGCAGCUUUCGCAGAUGAAGUUGAUGGUGCAGGGAACUCAAGAAAUUGAAGUCUCAACCGAUCAGGUCCACGCUCUGGUCCAGGCUAUGUUACAAGAAGACCUCCUUUAUGAACUCGCGCUCGCUCUUCACAGCCUCCCAUUCGAAGCGAGGAAAGAUACUCAAACGAUAUUCUCACACAUACUUCGCUUCAAACCCCCUCAAGCCAAUUCACCGGACCCGCCCGUCAUCUCAUACAUCGUACACAAUCGACCCGAAAUUAUCAUUGAGUUAUGCAGGGGCUAUGAGCACAGCCAAAGCGCUAUGCCCUGUGGCACUAUUCUGAGAGAGGCCCUUAAAUUCGACGUGAUCGCUGCGAUCAUUCUUUAUGACCAGUCCAAGGAAGGGGAGCCGGCCAUUCGACUGACCGAGGUCCAGCCCAACGUUCCUCAACGCGGAACCGGUGUUUUUUGGAGAUUCUUCCAUUGGAUUGAUCGCGGCAGCUUUGAGUUAAGUGCAGAUGCCUUCACAACUUUUAGGGAACUCUUGACGCGCCAUAAAUCCCUUGUGACCGGGUACCUAGCGACGAACUUUGAUUACUUUUUCGCGCAAUUCAACUCUUUCCUCGUACAGUCUGACUCAUAUGUCACCAAACGACAAAGUAUCAAGCUACUGGGUGAGAUCUUACUAGACCGCGCCAACUACAGUGUGAUGAUGCGAUAUGUCGAAAGCGGAGAGAACCUCAAACUCUGUAUGAAGCUCCUGCGCGACGAUCGUAAGAUGGUUCAAUACGAGGGAUUUCACGUUUUUAAGGUAUUUGUUGCGAAUCCAGACAAAUCAGUGGCAGUACAACGGAUUCUCAUCAACAAUCGAGAUCGCUUGUUAAAAUUCCUACCGAAAUUCCUGGAAGACCGUACAGAUGAUGACCAGUUCACCGAUGAGAAGAGCUUCUUAGUUCGACAGAUCGAACUUUUGCCCAAGGAGCCCAUUGAACCAUCACGCCCUGGACGUGAGCCAUCUCGCUCAACCUCCAACACCGCGACCGUAGCAUGA